AUUAUUUUAUUUUAUCUGCCCUGCCUAUUAUUCCAUCUCUCUUUUCUCCGUUCAUCCUGUCCGAACCUUCCCAGUUCCCACCUUUUUCCAAUCAUGGCGGCGUAUCCUGAUUCAAAACCCUAAACCCAACCCUCCACUUCACCGUUUCCCAAUUUCCUCAUCAAACUCCAAUGGCCACUGCACUCGCUCUCAGAUUCAGAUCCAAUCUAACCCGCACCGCCUCCCUUCUCACCUCCUCCCUCCGAUCACCACUAUCCGAACCCUCGACGCCACUCUUCUCUUCCACCUCCUGCUUCUCCCUCUCAACCCACCGUUUCCUCUCCACUGCACGCCGCCAACCUACAUCGCGCCCCAAGAAAACCGUAGACAUCGCCGCCCGCGCUCGGCAGCUCCAAGCCAAGCGUCUCUGGACCUACGGCCUCUCAUUCGCGACGUUCGCCGGUUUCAUCGUCGUCGUUCUAAACAACUUCCAGGACCAAUUAGUCUUCUACGUCACUCCAACCGACGCAAUAGAGAAAUUCCGAACUAACCCUACCAAAGCCAAGUUCCGAUUAGGCGGUUUGGUUCUCGAAGGAAGCGUUGUGUAUCCAUCUUCUUCUCCAGGUGUGGAAUUCGUGAUCACCGAUUUGAUCACCGAUAUCGUUGUUCGUCAUGAAGGAUCUUUGCCGGAUUUGUUUAGAGAGGGACACUCUGUUGUUGCCGAAGGGUUUGUGAAGCCGUUCACAGAUGAAAUAAAGAAAGAUAAUUCCUUGAAGAAGGUUUCUGCCAAGGCGAGAAGUGGAGAGUAUUAUUUUUCUGCAACUGAAGUUCUUGCUAAGCAUGAUGAGAAGUAUAUGCCGAAAGAGGUUGCUGCUUCCAUUGAGAAGAAUAAAAAGAUUCUUGAAGAAGCUAAUGCUAAUGCUGUGCCUGAGGAGAAAGAGAAACCCAACAUCGCAUCAUAGUUUGAUGGUAUGGCUCAACUUUGAAUUUUAAUUUUGUCGAGAACUAUAUUACAAUGUUAUGAUUUUUUAGGGGUUUGGAUUGGUUAUUAUAUAACUAUACGGGGGAAAAUUUUGUUAUAAUAAUUAGGAGGAACACAAUGCUAAAAAGGAAGAGGAUAAAGGAAAGAGAGAUUAGAAAUUUUUUAUUGAUUAUGAGGCUACUGUCUUUUGAUUGUUUAUGAGGCUACUGUUAUAUUUCUUGUUGUAAUGUAUUGUUUUGCUCAAUAAAUAUUUACAGGUGAUUAACUUUUGAUUAAUUGCAAAAUAUUCAUAAAUGAAAUGUUUACUAA